CUUAUGGAAUAUAAUGUCCAUUUCUUCUAUUUCAGGGCUGUCGAGAUAUGGGGACCUGGAUUUUAUUUGCCUGCCUGCUAGGAGCAGCUUUCUCUAUGCCUCUACCACCUCAUCCUGGGCACCCUGGUUAUAUCAACUUCAGCUAUGAGGUGCUCACCCCGCUGAAGUGGUACCAGAACAUGAUAAGGCCUCCGUACCCUUCCUAUGGUUACGAACCCAUGGGUGGAUGGCUGCACCACCAAAUCAUUCCCGUGCUGUCCCAGCAGAAUCCCCCGAAUCACGCCCUGCAGCCUCAUCACCACAUCCCCAUGGUGCCAGCUCAGCAACCCGUGGUCCCCCAGCAACCAAUGAUGCCCGUUCCCGGCCAACACUCCAUAACUCCAACCCAACACCACCAGCCCAACCUCCCCGCACCCGCCCAGCAGCCCUACCAGCCCCAGCACGUCCAGCCGCAGCCUCACCAGCCCAUGCAGCCCCAACCACCCAUGCACCCCAUCCAGCCCCUGCCGCCACAGCCACCUCUGCAUCCGAUGUUCCCCAUGCAGCCCAUGCCCCCCCUUCUUCCUGAUCUGCCUCUGGAAGCCUGGCCCUCAACGGACAAGACCAAGCGCGAAGAAGUGGACUAAAAGAUCAGAAAGCAAGAAGACA